UGUCUGAUAUUGUCUCCCACAUAGACUCCUAAAAUUAAGAUAUGGGUGAGAGACCCAAACGCAGGGAUUUUAUUCCUCCAAAUCCCAUCUUUCCUUUCCAACAAGGCCAUCAUCAUGACCUGUUCUUCCAACCUUCAUCUACUUAUCCCUCCCUGCAACAAAACGACCCACCACAUAAUCAUACAGUCCUGCCCAUGUCUCCUUCUUUAGACUUCACUGAUCCCCCUCCUUCCGCUACUCCCAACUCUUUUGAUGAAACCUGUAACGAGAAAAUCAAGAAAAGGAUUAUGCAUAGAGAUUUGGAGCGUCAAAGAAGGCAAGAAAUGACCACCCUUUAUGCAUCCCUUCGAUCACUUCUCCCUCUACAAUAUCUGAAGGGGUGUGGAACUGGUGAUGCAAUCUUGCAGGGAAAGCGAGCUAUCUCUGAUCACAUGAACGAAGCUGCCAAUUAUAUAAGAGACCUAAGGAAGAGAAUCCAAGAACUUAGUGCCAAGAGAGAUAAGCUCAGAAAGAGACCCAAUUCAGGCGCUCCCGACGUCGUCGUCGUCGUCACCGGCAAUUAUCCGCCAAGGAACUGUGUUAUUGUCCAGCCUUGUUUGGGUGGAGUGGAGGUUGUUAUUAGCAGUGGCUUAAGGAAUGGAGAGCUUCCAUUGUCGAGGGUUCUCAGAGUUAUAGUCGACUAUGGGUUUUGUAUAAUUAGCUGCGUUUCGACUAGAGUGGAUGAGAGGUCACUUCACACUAUUCAUUCCGAGGUUAGCGAUGAUCUCACAGAUGUGGAUCUAUCACGCCUGCAGCAGAUACUGACUGAUUUGAUCUCAUCCCCUUCGAGUUAGGGUUCCAUGAGACCUGGCCGGUUUCUCCUUUUCUUCCUCCUUUGUUGAAUUUGAAGGGUGUUUUACCUUGGUGGGCAUUUGUGUAUCACCAUUCUCACCUCAUGAAUCAUAUCAAAAUGCGGAUAUCAGAAGUUUUUGGAUGUUUUUGGUUCUCUUUGGAGGUUGUCAAUGGUUUUAUUAUGUACAUAGUUUUCUCUCUUGAUUGAAUCUUUUGAUAAGAAUGGAAACCCUCACAGUGACUUGGAUUCUCCCAUCAUUGAA